UGCACAUGCGCAAAAGCUUUCCCUCAUUCCCUAACCGUAAUCAAGAAGCUAGAGCAUAGAGAGCAAAUUAAAAACAGUUCUGAAGUCCAGACAUCACUUCAUUUUCAGUACCUAUUUAUUGACACACGUCUAAGCACGUUGUUACGAACAGCCUAAUUAAUGGUACAUUUUUAACUGUUCAAACUUAACUGAUAAAACGCUUGUGAAACAUUGUCCCUGUCUGUCUAGGCAGCUAACGUUGGAAGUUAGCCGGCUACCUGGAUAGCGAGCUAUAUACCUAUUUAACUCGUAGCGCACUCAAGCUCAGAAAACACCUACCAACGACUGGUCUGCUUGUGUUGAAAAAUGUCCGUUGUGUUCGUACCGAGAAGGCAACGUGGGAAGGCCGAAAUUAAUCAGGAAAUUAUUCAACGGUUGCUUGACGAAAACGAUCAGCUGGUGAGAUGCAUUGCGGAAUACAUGCAGAGGGGACGCGCGACAGAAUGUGUUCAGUAUCAACAGAUUUUACAUCGGAAUAUUGUGUAUCUCGGAACUAUAGCCGACGCCAGUCCUGACACCUCUCCCACCACAGAGGCUCCACAAGAAAAUGGGGAGUGACCAGCACACAAGUGACCAGUGUCCAUACAUUUGUAUGAGUUACUGUGUUGUGUUCUGCACUUUGUUUUAACUCUCUGUACUGUACAAAUAAGUGUGACAUUCUUUGUAAUAAAUGUCUAUUUUUUA